CGCCUCCAUCCGCCGUCGCUCGGUUUUGGUUGUUUGACUUUGGGGUACAGCAGGAAACAAAAAUAAAACCAACAUCCUGCCUCUCCCCAUCCCCCCCCGGCCCGGCGCUGGCCAGUGGGCCGGUACGGCCUCAGCUCCUCCCUGCUCCAACUGGCGGACCUGGCUGCUGUAGAGACUUCCCCGACUCGUCCGGCAGAGAAUGAGUUAAUGUAGUCACUGGAAAAUUCUGGAUGGAAACCAAUGUGUUCUGGAUCAGUGGUUUGGCAAUGGUCAAAUGCCAGUUUUCCCAUGUUCUUGUGAACAGUUUUACAUACAGAACUGUCCUAGAAAUGCACCUAGAUAAGAAUGAACAGAAGAGAGGUACUGUGGUCGACACAGGCUUUGUGUCAUGCUGGUUUCCAGUUUAAAAACCAGUAGGCUGGCAAUUUUAAAGGAACAGCAACAAAGUGAUGACCAGGUGCCAAGUGCCAGCUUUCCUUAUUCAUCAGAUUCAAGAAGAAUUGGGUAAAGAAGAAGAAGAGAUGAUGGUUUUCCUGUGCCGAGACCUUGCUCCUGACUUGGCCAAUGCUGAUCUUAAAGAAAUCCUGCUGGCUUUGAAUGAGAGAGAGAAACUGACUCCUGUUGGCUUAUCUGAGCUGUUGUACAGAGUUAAGAGGUUUGACUUGCUGAGGAGGAUCCUGAACACUGAGAAAGCAACAGUGGAAGCUCACCUUGCCAAGAGUUUCAGACUUAUCCCUGAUUACAGGGUACUAAUGGUAGAGAUAAAUGAAAAUCUGGAAAAAGAUGAAGUGGGUUCUCUUGGUUUUCUACUCAGAGAUUAUGCACCUCGUAUGAAAAUGGUGAAAGAUAAGAGUUUUCUAGCUCUUAUAAUUGACCUAGAGAAGCUAAAUUUGGUGGCUCCUAAUCAACUGGAUCUGAUAGAAAACUGUUUUCGAAGUAUUCACAGGAUAGACUUGAUUAGGAAGAUUCAGACGUACAAACGCAAAGCUUCGGUGUCCUCCGUUCAUUGUCAGCCAGUUUAUGUAAAUGCUCAUCCAGCCUCUCUCCCUAAUUUCAAUCUGAUUGAGCCUUCUUAUCAUUCAGGGAUUCAGAAUGAGGGCAUGAAAAAAUUACAAAAUGGAUCAAGUCUUACUCUGGCUGCAGCAGAACCACUUCACUUGUCCAUUGAGGAGUCAGGAUCAGUGCCACAUAAGAUGUCUGAUGAUUCCUACAGAAUGCAAAGUCAACCUUUAGGAAUAUGCCUGAUAAUAGAUUGUAUUGGCAAUGACACUGAUGUGUUGGAAGAGACCUUCAGAGGCUUAGGCUAUGACGUUCAUUGUCACAGAUAUUUAAAUAUGAGCUCCAUGAAUCAAACAUUGCUUGAAGUUGCAAGGUGGCAGAAGCACAAAAAUUGUGACAGCUUCGUUUGCAUAUUGGUCAGCCGUGGAAACUCUCAGAGCAUCUUCUGUACAGACCACACCUUUUCUGGAUUCCCUUUGGAACAAAUAAAGAAAUACUUUACAGCAGACUCAUGUCCUGGACUCCUAGGAAAACCAAAGCUUUUUUUUAUUCAGAGCUAUGUUGUGCCAGAAAAUGAGCAAGAAUGUACCUGUCUGUUGGAAGUUGAUGGCAAUGCUGAUAAUAUCAGAGCUAAAGUCACUAUUCCCCAUACAGCAGACAUUUUUUGGAGUCAUUGCAAGGUGGAUGUGUCUACACUAGAACAAUCCCCAACUGCACCCUCAAAAUAUCUACGCUGUCUGGCUGAGCUACUCCGUAAUCCUUAUAAAAGGAAACUCUGUAUAUUGGCUAUCCAUAUGGAACUGAACAAAAAAGUUUAUGAUGGGAAUAUGACCGCUGACCCAAGCCAACAGUACUCACUGCUGCUCCAGCACACACUGAGAAAGAGACUUUUUUUCCCACCUGAUUGCUGUUAAAAAGUACAUAUCUAAAGUUACUAACAAGAAGCAUUUGCUAUGAUGCAAAGUUUAAUGCAUACUUUUAUUUAUGCAUUGUUAUUUCGUGUAUAUCUAAAGUGCCUGUUGCUUCCAAACACAGGAAUUUACAAGCAUUUUAGUGUGCUAAGACACUAAAUUUUGUAUUUUAAUAUCAUAGUCUCUGAAAGCUUGGAUGAGAAUGGUAACUAUUGUAUGGCAGUGUAGCAUAUCUUGUUACUGAAUGCCACGGGUAAACAGAGUGUAAAGAGAUCUAAACUGUAUAGCUGUUGGGUUUUCCAAGAAAGAACAGAAGUGUUUUUAUUGCUUCAUUGGUGGUUUUUAACAUACCUCCUAGCAGUUAAUAUUUGAACAAAUAUACUGAAAUGUAUUGAUUAUUUUCCCCUGCACCUAGUAGUGGCAAAUGGCUCAGGAAAGCAUUCCUACCCAGUAAUGCCAGAUCUUUGCUAACAAGUUCUGGCUUGCAUGCCUCUAUAGACUGGCAAAACAGAAGGGAGAGAAAGAUGGUCUUUUCAGUAAUCUGGAUUCCAUCUGUUUGCUGCAUUAAAGAUUCCAUUGUUAGAACUGUCCACUGCUCACAGGGGUUCUGUGUUAAUAAAUGAGACAGUCUGCCAUGCUUUGGGCCAAGUAUGUUUUCUGCUAAUGCAAAAAUGAGUGUACAUGUGACAGGACAUUACAGUCAUCUGCCACACAGUUAAAAACAUGCGGGAUUUUGGCAGAUGUCUUGUGGAAGCUGAAACAUGAUUCACACUCAUUGUACCAGGCAUCAUUGUAGAAAGAUACUUCAAAAUAUUUCAAUUUAAAUGUAGCAUGUAGCAGCCAUUGGCCUUUAAGACUGUAUUAUGUUAAACACCCCACCCUUACUGUUUUUGCUUAUGAAAAAGAAUAUGCCUCUAUUAAUUAAUUUUUCCCCAAGUGCUCUUGUUCUUGUAAAAAAAGAAAAGAGAAAAUUUUCCUAAAUACAAAAAUUUUUCUCCAAUGUAGCAGUUGCCCAACUAAAAGUUAACUGCCUUAAAGUUCAGUUAGCCUGCUUGUAUAACCUAGAUGGGUUAUAUUGAAGUUUAUUGUCACUGAACUUAGUGACAAUAAAGUAGGCCACUGGUAAAUAUUUAAUUUUUACUCCUAAUAUAGUGUCCUAUGUGAGAAAAUAAUUCAAGGUCCUGGUAUGCUUUGCUUGGUUUCUGUUUAAAUUUUUAAUGGAAAAAGAGAAGGAUACAAAAUGACAGAUACAGAAUAUUAGAAGUUACUUCCUGUGGUGGCUGGUAAAUGAACUAAAUGGUGAAACAAACAUUUCCUGUGGUUGUAGAAAUAAGGUGUCAUUUCAAGUUACAUGUAUCUAAGUAAUGUUAAAAAAUGUGAUCUUCUUCACAGAUUAACUUCACUUUCCCAUUUCCUUUACUAGCUUUUGCAUUUGACAAGCACCUCUGCUACCCUAUAGACAACCAAAAGCAGGGAGAAUGGAACAAAGAGGAGACAGAUGAGGAAAAGAAAUGUGGAAAUUUUAAUCAGGAACAAGAAGGGGAAUGGUAGGGGGCAUCAAGAGAAGAACAAGUAGGGGAAAGACGAUUCGGAGGAGAAAUACAGUAUUAAUAUUGGAAGGAGAAGAAAACAGGAAAAAGGAAGUGAGAAUAAUAGUGGCUGUCUUUACAGACUCAAAUGAUGUGGUGAGUUGGUUGAUGUUUUGUGGAUUGGUUGCUUGGGGGUUUUGAGUGAUGCUAAAUGCAACUAUUUACUUAAAAUAUUAGCAGUAGAAUAUAUUCUACUUUUACAGUUUUGUGACAAGUUUGAUUUGGGAGUUAAGAAGGAUAUAUGUUCUUUGCCUUGCUGCAAGACACAGUAAGUAAAAUCCGUGUCCCUUUCAUUAAGAAAUGAUGCAGAAGUGCUGUUUUGAAAACUAGAGGCUCAUGUAAUCAACCCUUUCAGUGUAAAAGCAAGGGACUCUCUUUGUGAAUGGCUGCUUGGUUGGAAGUGGUUGUAGCCCUCUAGAGUUGUGGGGACAGACACGUAUUGUGCAGCGUUCAUGGGCGUCAGAUACAGAUUUUUUACACUGAUCCUCAGUACAUUCUUAAGCCGUAGCCAUGCACAAUCUCUAACCAUACAUCUAAGCAUUAUUUAUUGCCUUGACACCCCUUUCAGGAGUGGCAUUCAAGCAGGCUGGUUCCCUGUACCUGUUGCAUAGUGACUAUUUAUGCAGGACUUCUAUGCAGGACGGCAGUUGUCCGUCACUUCUCCUGUUACAGAAUCAUGGACUCAUAGAAUCCUGUUUAUACAAUCACAGACUCAUAGAAUCUGCUGAGUUAGAAGGGACCUGUCAAGAUGAUCUAGUUCAACUCCUGGCCCUGCACAGGACACCCCAAGAAUCCCACCAUGUGCCUGAGAGUGUUGUCCAAAAGCUUCUUGAGCUCUGCCAGAGUUGGUGCGGUGACCAAGUUCCCUGGAGAGCCUGUUCCAGUGCCCAAACACUCCCUGGAUGAAGAACCUCUUCCUAAAAUCUACCCUAACCAUCCCCUGACACAGUUUGAUUUCUCCAGUCCUGUCAGUGGUCACCAGAGACAUGCAGAGACUUGAUACCUCUGCCCCUUGUGAAGAUGUUGAAUACUGCAAUGAGGUCUGCUCUCAGUCUCCUCUUCUCCAGCCUGAACAAACCAAGUGACCUCAACCCCUCCUCAGAGGGCCUCCCCUCCAAAAACCCUUACCAGAUUUCUGUGUCCCUCCAUACACAUGAUGGGGACUGUUUCUUCUUGCUGUAGUGCGCAUUUCAGUGGAUGCAGGGUGUGGACUACAUCAAGUUGUCCCUGUACUGCAGACAGUGAAAUUAUCUCAGGUUAAAUGAUCCUUAGCCAAAAGAAAAGGGGGAAGAGAAUUUUGGAUGCAUCAUGAGUUUAGGGUCUUAGCACAGGAACAUAGAGAGUGAUGUGCUGGUGAAAUUUCACGGUCUUAGACUGCCGAAAUGUCCAAAGUUUUCAGAACCUGUUAUUGAAAGAGGUAAAACAAGCUAUGCUGCUCCUGCAUUGUGAGAGGUUGGAAUAAGGCUGCCAGAGUGACUGCUCUGGCACUUAACUACAGUUUUGGUUUCUGAUAACUGGGAAAAAAAAUUUCUUGUAGUUCUGUAUGUGCUCUGUAUAUGGAAGGUGAUGCCUUUAAGUGGCUCAGAAGGUGUACUCAUGAGGCAAGAGAGUCAGUGGUGUUUUGUACCAGACUUGAGUUGCUUGGUUUUUCUCAGCCACCUACACUGAUGUAGCUAAGCCAUCAGUUGACUUGAGUUACAUAUUUGGGUAAUUACAGUGGUUACCAAUUCAUUAUCCAAAACAGAAGUUACAUUCAAGAGGAUGUUACUGUGCUAGCACUUGUAGAUGGAGUAUGUUGUGGGCUGAUCUCCCCUUUCAACUCUUCACAAGAUGUAACAGCAGCAACUAUUACAGAUACCGGAGUCAGAGAAGCUUUUUAUGGAGUUUCUGAGAAUUCUUUUCUGCUUUCCAGAGUUUCAAGUUUCUGACAUGCAGAACAGUAUUGCUGAGAAGAGGCUGCUGUCUGUGUGGAUGAUCUAUAUUCAAUUUAAAUUAAAUAUCCUGUACUGAAUUAUUUGUCAGCUUUUCUGUGGCUGGUUUAAAUUAUGUCUAUUUUUCAGCUUCUGUAUUAGAAACAAUAAUAAGACACUAUAAUUGGAUACAAAUGCUGGGUUUCAUGCUCAUAUUCUGAAUAAAAUUUCUGUAUGCAGUCAGA